AUGUCGUCCAUUAGAUCAAACGAGCUCGUGCCUGCAGAUGAAUCUCAGCGUUUGGUCGUCCUCAUCCCUGAAAGGCCACUCCUUUACAAAGUGCUUGCUGUGGAGAAUCAUUUGGGCCGCGAAUUUCGCUGGCCCGGGAUUUGGGUAGUCAAGGAGCACGUUUUUGUACAAAAUGUUGAGGUCAUCGUAUACACUUCUUUCGGCACCCGUAUCGCCAAUUUCCACGCGGGCCGCAUCCCGGGCCUCUUGUCUGGUCAUACCACAGCUGCGGGCCUGAUUCUUGGCCCGUUUUUCUCUCAAGGCCUCGACUAUGACUUCUGCUACAUGCUGGAGUCUUCUAACGGGCCACCGGGAGUCCAUAUUGGCAGCAAGAUUAGAAAACUUUCUGCACUUUGCAAGUUUUUUCUCUUUGUUGGGCGGGGGCCUGGUUCUGAGAGCGAGUCUGCAGGAAGUUUUCAACAAGCAUUGCUUCUCGUCUGGUUUCAUGAAGGGAGCCACCGAGAACCUUCCGGAAGGAGGUUUGGUUUUCAGGGUCAGCAUAAAUCGGAAUAA